AUGUCGGACCUCACACAUUUCGACCUCCUCCCCCUCCAGAUGGACCCUCAAUCCAAGGCCAUCAGCUCUCAACAACCAUCACGCACACUCAACGCUGAACUCGAAGCCCUCAACACCCUCCACCGCUCUCUCCUCAACGUCGAUUCACCCACAGGCGCACCCCCUCCCCCCGUGCCCGUCAACCCCAAGCGCACCGCCCAAGUGACCAAGCUUCGCGACUCGGGCAACAACGAGUACCGCAAGGGCAAGUACCCCGAGGCGAUCAAGUACUACACCCUCGGCUUCCAGAUGGCCAUGCAGCGACCCAUGUGGGAGCCCUCGCAGCUGGUGCGAGAGGAGAUCAGCAGCAUUCUGGCGAACCGAGCGCAGGCGCACAUGGCGAUGCAGAACUGGGCCGAGGGCGCUGUGGAUGCUCAUGCGAGUGUUGAGGCGCGCUGGGUAGGAAAUGCAAAGGCUUGGUGGAGAAGGGGAAGGUGUUUGGCUGAGAUGGGAAGACUGGAGGAGGCGAGGGAUUGGGUCAGGAGAGGACUUGAGGUUGAGGGUGAAGAAGGAGAGUUGGUGCAGUUGUUGAAGGAUCUUGAAGAGAGGAUUGAGAAGCAGGAAGCAUGA